CCCUUUUGUUGAGCAAGAGUUUGGGGUUUUGUGGUGCAGCGAGAGAGAGAAAGAGAUGGGAAGGAGGAUAUUAAACGACGCGUUGCGAGCGAUAGUUAAUGCAGAGAGGAGAGGCAAAUCUACUGUAGAGCUGAAACCAAUCUCUACUGUGAUGUCUUCUUUUCUUAAUAUCAUGAAAUAUCGAGGAUACAUCAAGGAUUUUCAAGUUUAUGAUCCACAUAGGGUGGGGAGGAUAACAGUUCAACUACUAGGAAGGGUUAAAGAUUGUCGGGCACUCACUUACAGGCAGGAUAUCAAGGCAAAGGAUAUUGAAAAUUACACAACACGUACACUACCUACGCGUCAGUGGGGUUAUGUUGUGAUAACAACUCCGGAUGGUGUUUUGGAUCAUGAGGAGGCUCAAAGACGAAAUGUAGGUGGUCAGGUUCUUGGUUAUUUUCAUUAGAUAACCUUCUUAUCUAUCUAAAAACUUUUGGGUGGAGAAGAAUUUGAAAGUGUCAAGCCGCCUGCCUUCACCAGCAAGAAUAUGUUAAACAUUCCAUUCAAAUCUUCUGGAUUUCAUAUCAAUUGUCGAAUUAGAUGGAUGAUUUAGCAUAAUCGAACUGGUCUGAUUGUUGCAGAAAGCAAUGUUUUCCCUACUUUUUAACGCUAGAUAAUUGAUUCAUGUUCUCAUCUUUCUGGCAUUUUAAAGUGUGCAAAGGAGGUGUAAUUUCACCAUAGCCAAGUCUUGCUGCAAUAAAUAAAAGAAUGAUUUUAUGUGUUCA